UGAUACCGCUGUUCCCGCAAGCAUAUACAGCUCAUAUUCCAUCAUUCAUUACCCCAUUUUGGUUUUCAAUUCUGUAACUGCUUCUCAAACAACAAUAUGGUCCUUCCUCUACCUACUUCUUUUCUUUUUUAUGCUACUAACCAGGAUUCCAAUUCAUCAUUUUCUUUUACAGAACAAGGACAUUACUCUAUUAUUACUAUGCUGCUCAAUUUUGGUAUCUACUAUUUUGUUAAUUUCAUGUGAAAGUGACUGAUACCUAUCUUGAGUUGGAAGAGACAGAAACCUUAUUACUUUACAUCAAGUGCUGUUCUUCUCUUCAAGUCAAAAAAAUGGACAAGAACCUAUUUCUCUUGUUCAUGUUUUCAGCAGUGUUGGUUAGUGUUGAAGCUGAACCAAUAGAAGAUAAACAAGCUUUACUUGAUUUCCUUAACAAAAUGAAUCAUUCUCCACAUCUCAAUUGGGAUGAGAAUUCUUCUGUAUGCCAAACAUGGAGAGGAGUUACCUGCAACACCGAUCAAUCUCGAGUCAUAGCGAUUCGAUUGCCUGGAGCCGGAUUAAGCGGCCCAAUUCCACCAAACACUCUUACUCGCCUUUCGGCUCUUGAGACAGUGAGUCUUAGAUUAAAUGGUAUCACUGGUUUUUUCCCUGAUGAUUUCUCUGAGCUGAAAAACUUGACUAGUCUUUAUCUUCAGUCUAACAAGUUUUCUGGACCAUUGCCAUUGGAUUUUUCUGUUUGGAGUAAUCUUUCUGUUGUUAAUUUGUCCAACAAUUCGUUUAAUGGUAGCAUCCCUUUUUCGCUUUCAAAUCUAACUCAUCUCAGUUCAUUAGUCCUUGCAAAUAACUCUCUUUCUGGUGUGAUUCCUGAUCUUAAUAUUUCUAGCUUACAGUUGCUGAAUUUAGAAAACAAUAAUCUUAGCGGAGUUGUGCCGAAAUCACUUAUUAGAUUUCCAAGUUGGGCUUUUUCUGGUAACAAUCUUACAUCAAAUACUAGUACACUUCCUCCAGCUUUUCCUAUGCAUCCACCUUACACUUUUCCACCAAAGAAAACCAAAGGACUAAGCGAAACUGCAUUAUUGGGAAUCAUCAUCGGUGUUUGCGCACUUGGAUUUGCAGUGAUUGCAGUUGUCAUGAUUUUGUGCUGCUAUGACUUUGCUGCUUCUGGUGUAAAAGAAUCCGUAAUAUCCAAGAAAAAAGAAGUAUCUAUGAAAGCAGAAUCUUCCGCGAGUCGAGAUAAAAACAAAAUAGUAUUUUUUGAGGAUUGUAAUCUUGCAUUUGAUUUAGAGGACCUUUUGAGAGCUUCUGCCGAGAUUCUUGGAAAGGGUACGUUUGGAACAACGUACAAGGCGGCUUUAGAGGACGCAACUACUGUGGCGGUGAAGAGGUUGAAAGAGGUUACUGUCGGGAAAAGGGAAUUUGAACAGCAGAUGGAAGUGGUUGGGAAAAUUAAGCAUGAAAAUGUGGAUACAUUAAGAGCUUACUAUUAUUCAAAGGAUGAGAAACUUGUAGUAUCUGAUUAUUAUCAACAAGGCAGUGUUUCUUCCAUCUUACAUGGCAAAAGAGGUGAAGGAAGGACUAAUCUAGACUGGGAUAGCCGUUUAAAGAUUGCAAUCGGCACAGCAAGAGGUAUCGCUCACAUCCAUACUCAACAAGGAGGGAAACUAGUUCAUGGAAACAUAAAAGCCUCAAACAUCUUCCUAAACUCACAAGGAUAUGGUUGUGUAUCCGACAUAGGUUUGGCAACAUUGAUGAGUUCAAUACCUUCACCAGGCACAAGAGCAAUGGGAUACCGUGCACCUGAAGUAACCGACACACGAAAAGCGAUGCAUCCGUCUGAUGUAUACAGUUUCGGUGUCCUAUUACUUGAACUUCUAACUGGGAAAUCCCCCAUAUAUUCUUCGGAAGGUGAACAAAUUGUUCACUUGGUUAGAUGGGUGAAUUCUGUGGUCCGAGAGGAAUGGACUGCAGAGGUUUUCGAUGUGGAGCUUUUGCGGUAUUCAAAUAUAGAGGAAGAAAUGGUGGAGAUGCUACAAAUAGGGAUGGCUUGUGCAGCAAGAAUGCCAGAUCAAAGACCAAAAAUGUCUGAAGUUGUGAGAAUGAUGGAAGCGAUUCGUCCCGAAAAUCGACCAUCGUCUACUGAGUCUAGAUCAGAAGUUUCUACUCCAACUAUUUAUGCAACUUAAAUAUGUUUCAUAGUGUGAGAUUCUUUUGUUUUGGUCAAUACUAGUAGUUUUUAAGGUAAUGUAAUCAAUGUUUAAAUUUCAAUUAUUAAUUUGUGGGGUUUUGGUGUUGGUAAAAAAUUAAAUUAAAUUUAUUAUAGGUGGUUAAGCUACCAGAUUUAGUGGAUGGUGAAUCAAAUUGGGUCCCUUUGCUUGUUACUAUUUUAUUGUUUUGUGUGGGUGUAGGGAUUCUUCUUGAACUCUUUGAUGUGUUAUAUACUUAUUGAGUUGGGAUCCA